GCCGCUGGGCCUCUACCGGGCACCCUGCCGCCUCGGAGGCGCUCGGGGAGAGGGAGAAGACCCUGUCGGGGAGUGGCGCGGGGAUGCGUGCCAGCCCAGAACUGGCCCCGGGCAAUUCGCAAAUGGAUGGGCACUGGGGAAGUCUCCUGGGAAAGAGUGGGGAAACCACGAGGGCGACCACUCCACACAACUCCACCCCAGCCUUCCCGCUCGUCUAGACGCGUAGGAGGGGAGACGUGUCCUCAAACCCGGGCCCGGGGCCGCGGUCCCGGCCAAGCCCCGCCUCCCUCUGUGCGGAGCACGCCGGGGAUGCGGGGUAGGGGGCGGGGGGCGGUUCGGUCCGCCGCGGAACAAUGGCCCAGCCCCGCCCACCAGCGGCGCAGCGCUAACCCGGGACUGCUGAACAUGCUUGCGGGUCUCCCCUCGGGCAGGCGAGCGGGAGGCCGCGCACACACAAGUGGAUGCACUGAUGUGUAGAUCUGCACGCGCGCAAGAGGUUCAGCCAAUGGGCACGCCGAAAGGAAAUGUUCACCGCCAGGCACCAGUGAGCUGUGCUAUCCCUGUGCCCAUGCCAACAGAAGGUGUGCGGGAUGUUUUGGAGAUUAGAAUGUCGGGGAAAAAAAAGAAUGUCGGGUCGUUGUUUUGGAAUUGCCUUCGUUGGGAAAGGCCAUUUCCUGGAGAAAGGACAGACGUGCUUUCACUCAGAAGCAGGAGAAAGUACUUGUACGUGCAGCAAGAGUAGCCAAAAGGUAUUGCAAGCCAAUCCACAAGAAUCAUUUCAUUUGAUACUUACUUGUGGCCCUGUGAGGUAGGUAGUCAUUUAUUCCCUUUUAAAAGAUGAGAGAAGUGAGCUAUGGAGAAAUUAAAUAACUUGCUUUAUGGUCACAGCAACCAGUCAAUGAUGGAGCUAGUAGCUGAGUCCAGAAAUGUAAUGAUGGAGCCCAGGUCUUAAUCCCUGCUCAGAAUCCCUGGUCCCUGAGAUGUUCUGACCUCACUGUUGUGGCUCACAGUCUUACCUUUUCCGGGGGCUGUGGGAGCCUUACCAUGGGGAUAAGCUGGGAACCAGGCAGGCUGUGCAUUCUCCCAGGCUCCAACCACACCCCUGUCUCCCCAAAUACCAUCCAUUUGGGAAGAGAAGAAAGUGAGGAGUUUUGCGCCAACAACUAGCUUCUGGAAGAGAGGCACCUGGGAUUGCCUGGGAGGAUGAUUAAGGAGCUCCCUAGAAGGCCACAGGUCUUGGGGUCUGGCCAGCCUCCUGGCGGGUCGCCAUCCACCUCCAUUCCAGUCCUGACUCACUGUCCAGUGCAGAAGUUUUAAAUGAGACUAGAUGUUUUUAGAUACAGACAGCUGGCUCAUCACGGCUCAGAAGCCCUCAGCAUGUAUGUGGGAGAGAAGUCUGGGCAGGUGUUGCUCCUCUCCAGGCUCUCCUGCAAUGUCUAAUUGGCUUAAUUCCUCUGCCAUCUAUAGAGCUAUUCUUCAAGGCAGAAGAGUCAGGGUUGCUUUGAGGGUGUACCCUCAAUUGUGGCCAAAAGUGGCUCUACCAUUGAGACCAAAUUUCUUUCCCUUUAACUGACUGGGUAUGUCUGAGCCUAUUUCUUCCAGACCCUGGACUUCAUCAGGGAACGAGCCUGAAACAUCAGAGUUCUCUAGAAACUGCCCUCCUCCUCACUUAGACUCAGCUUUUGAAGAGAUAACCAAUUUCAGGAGUGAAAAAGUGGUUGGAUUCCCUGUUUUUGGAAAGAAGCUAAGGCAUGAGUAAUUCAAGCUUAGAUCAGCUCCCAUUCCAGUGACCAUGAGGGACAAAGAUGACUGUGAGAGUGGGUACCUGAGGUGCCAGGUCCCCUGCCUCAUCCCCCAUGAAUGCUGUGGGAAGCCCCGAGGAGCAGGAGCUACAAGAGCUGGGGAGUGGGGCCUGGGACAACCCCACCUAUAGCGGCGCCCCCUCCCCUCGGGGGACCCUCAAGAUCUGCACCAUCUCCAGUGCAGUGCUGCCUCAACCCCAACCCAAGCAGCCCGAAGAUGGACCCCAGGAGAAGGCACACAGGACCCUGGUGUCCAGCUGCUGCUUUCACAUCUGUCGCGGCAUCAGAGGACUUUGGGGAACGACCUUGACUGAGAACACAGCUGAGAACCGGGAGCUGUAUGUCAAGACCACCCUGCGGGAGCUUUUGGUAUACGUCGUGUUCCUGGUGGACAUCUGUCUCUUGACCUAUGGAAUGACAAGCUCCAGUGCCUAUUACUACACCAAAGUGAUGUCUGAGCUCUUCUUACAUACCCCAUCGGACACUGGAAUCUCCUUCCAGGCCAUCAGCAGCAUGGAGGACUUCUGGGAUUUUGCCCAGGGCCCAUUACUGGACAGCUUGUAUUGGACCAAAUGGUACAACAACCAGAGCCUGGGCCACGGCUCCCACUCCUUCAUCUACUAUGAGAACCUGCUGCUGGGGGUUCCGAGGCUGCGGCAGCUGCGGGUCCGCAAUGACUCCUGCGUGGUGCAUGAGGACUUCCGCGAGGACAUUCUGAGCUGCUACGAUGUCUACUCCCCAGACAAGGAAGAGCAACUCCCCUUUGGGCCCCUCAAUGGCACAGCAUGGACCUACCACUCGCAGGGUGAGCUGGGGGGCUCCUCUCACUGGGGCCAGCUCACAAGCUACAGUGGAGGUGGCUACUACCUGGACCUUCCAGGAUCGCGACGGGCCUGUGAAGAGGCACUCAAGCACCUUAAGGAGGGCCUGUGGCUGGACAGGGGCACUCGGGUGGUCUUCAUCGACUUCUCAGUCUACAAUGCGAACAUCAAUCUUUUCUGUGUUCUGAGACUGGUGGUGGAGUUUCCAGCUACAGGAGGUGCCAUCCCAUCCUGGCAAAUCCGCACGGUUAAGCUGAUCCGCUAUGUCAGCAACUGGGACUUCUUUAUCGUUGGCUGUGAGAUUGCCUUCUGCAUCUUCAUCUUCUACUACAUAGUGGAGGAGAUCCUAGAGCUCCGCAUCCACAGGCUUCGUUACCUCAGCAGCAUCUGGAACAUUCUGGACCUGGUGGUCAUCUUGCUCUCCAUUCUGGCUGUGGGCUUCCACGUAUUCCGAACCCUCGAGGUGAAUCGGCUGAUGGGGAAGCUUUUACAGCAGCCAAACAUGUAUGCUGACUUUGAGUUCCUCGCCUUCUGGCAGACACAGUACAACAACAUGAACGCCGUCAACCUCUUCUUUGCCUGGAUCAAGAUAUUCAAGUACAUCAGCUUCAACAAGACUAUGACCCAGCUCUCCUCCACGCUGGCCCGCUGUGCCAAGGACAUCCUGGGCUUUGCCGUCAUGUUCUUCCUUGUGUUUUUCGCCUAUGCCCAGCUGGGCUACCUGCUUUUCGGGACCCAAGUGGAAAACUUUAGCACUUUCAUCAAGUGCAUCUUCACUCAGUUCCGGAUCAUCCUUGGGGACUUUGACUACAAUGCUAUUGACAACGCCAACCGCAUCCUGGGACCUGUUUACUUUGUCACCUACGUCUUCUUCGUCUUCUUCGUGCUCCUGAACAUGUUCCUGGCCAUCAUCAAUGACACAUACUCAGAGGUCAAGGAGGAGCUGGCUGGACAAAAGGAUGAGCUACAGCUUUCAGACCUCCUGAGACAGGGCUACAACAAGACCCUACGGAGGCUGCGUCUGAGGAAGGAGCAGGUUUCAGAUGUGCAGAAGGUCCUGCAGGCUGGGGAGCAGGAGAUCCAGUUUGAGGACCUCACCAACACCUUGAGGGAGCUGGAGCACACAGAGCAUGAGACGACCAAGCUUACGGCUGCCUUCACUAGGUUUGACCAAGAUGGGAACUGCGUCCUAGACGAGAAGGAGCAGAAGGAGACUCAGCAGAAGCUGGAAGGGGAAAGGGUGGCCGUCCAUGCUGAGAUUGAGAACUUGGGCUGGUCCAUUGUGAGGAGCCCACCAGGCGAGUCGAGUCCAAAGCAGGCUGCCAAAGCAGGUGGCUGGGUUUCGGGAGAAGAAUUCUACACGCUCACAAGGAGAGUUUUGCAGCUGGAGACUGUCCUGGAAGGAGUCAUGACCCAGGUUGAUGCCAUGAGGUCAAAGUUGACGAUGGUGGAGAGGAAGGGGUGGCUGGCUCCUCUUCCGGGCGCAGGGGAACAAGGCAUUUGGGAGCACCUGCAGGCAUCCCCGGCUGUGACUCCAGCCCCCUGGGGACUCUAGGGCAGGCAGGAGAGUAGUGGGGGAGGGGUCCUAAAGCUUCAGACAGCAGGUUCGUCUGUCACCGCCUCCCCAGAAGCUCCCCCAGCACACGCCCUCCUCUUCUAGGGCAGUGGGUGCUACCACUGCUGCUGCCAAGCCCCACCCCGUGCCUGGCCUUUUGAGCCAAGGUUUCUGUGUGUAGCUGUAUAGCUCUCUGAAAUAUUUCCUGCUGGGCCUCUCACCCCUGUGGGCUCUGAAUUCUGCUGUGAUAAUUUUUUUUUUUAAAGUCAAAAACAAUAAAGGAAAGAAGGGUAAUAACUUUCCUGAGCAUCUGGAUAGCCAUGAUUUGUGAAAAAAGAAGCUGAGAGAAGAGCAAUAUCUAGAUGUCUUCUUACUUGCCAGUGAAACUUUUCCUCUGUGUGUCUUGAGGACAACUGCUGGCAACCAUGGGGUUCACUUCUUCCCCAUUGGGAUUCCAUGUGAAAGAGAAGGGGAAGCCAGAAAGGAGGGGACACUUUCUUGCGUGGGGAGAGUACAGUGUGGUAGAGGAGUUAGAUUGGUGACCUCCCUCAACCUUCCCCAGCAAAGUCCAGGAAGGCUCAGUGGCAAGCCUGCCUCCAGGCGUGCCCCUGAACAGGGAGGGGGGUGUAAACCAGAACAAAGCUGAAGCCUGAGGAGAAGCUGGCCAAGAAACGACCUCCGGAUUCUAGGAUCUUUGGAUAAAAUGUGGGGGACUCUGAUUUUCUCCUUCCACAGGACAUUGUGGGUUUGCCUGGUGAUUAUCAAUAAAAAAAAAUCCUUAGG